AUCUUCUUUUUUCUCACUCUCUCUGACCACAAACCUUCCCUUCCUGUCUGUUCUCCAUCUCACUUCCUUUCUCAACAAAUAAUGAAAAUUGGGGUUUUCUUUUGAUUUCUAACUCUCGCAAGCAAAUUAUCUAUGGCGUCGUCUUCUCUUCCAUUGCCUGACCUUACGUUGCUCUCUCCACAACCGUCUUCCAAACGCCAACUACGUCUCUCAAGACUUCCUCUCUCUAUAAUAUCAAUCUCAAGACGACAUUCCAGGUAUGAUUUUUCUAUCCGUACGCGAAUUCUUGCUCUUAAAGAGGAAGGUGCAGUGGUCGAAGACAGAGAACACGAAUUGAUUAAAGAAGUUAACGGUAGUCUGAAAAUGAAAGGAAAUGCUACUGCUGUUGCAACUAGUUUUGGUGAUACCAGAGAUUAUACGUAUGAUGGCUUGAACGGUGGCUACAGGAAUGGAGGUGUUACUGUGGUGGAUAGUGAGAGUGAGUGUGAUAGCGGACUGAGUAGUAAUGGAAGUUUAGUCAAAUAUGUUAAUGGAAAUGGCGCUGUGGCGGAAGUUUUGAAUGAAGCGGGAGAUUCUUUAGAGACCGAGAAGGAGGAGGGUAGGAGGAAGAGGAUCGAGGAAAUCGGGAAAGAAGAUGCCUGGUUUAAGCGAAGCGCGCAAGAAGAGUUAGAGGUUUCUGUUGCACCUGGGGGCCGCUGGAGUAGAUUCAAAACCUACUCAACAAUUCAAAGGACAUUGGAAAUAUGGGGAUUUGUUCUAACAUUUAUCUUCAAGGCUUGGCUGAACAAUAAAAAAUUCUCCUAUCGAGGAGGAAUGAAUGAGGAGAAAAAAGCUCUAAGGAGGAAGACCCUGGCCAAGUGGUUGAAGGAAAGUAUCUUGAGAUUGGGUCCUACAUUCAUCAAAAUUGGCCAACAAUUCUCUACAAGGGUGGACAUUCUUGCUCAAGAAUAUGUUGAUCAGCUAUCUGAACUUCAGGUUGAAGUUCUCUAUCUUCAAAAGAUUGAUCCUAAGUCAGAUGGUGCAAAGAGAGACUGGGUUGCCAUUUAUGAUGAAUGUGCUAGCGUGCUAUAUCAGGAGAUUGAUUACACAAAGGAGGCUGCUAAUGCAGAACUAUUUGCUUCCAACUUCAAAGAUAUGGAUUACAUAAAAGUUCCAAUGAUAUUUUGGGAAUACACUACACCACAGGUCCUGACAAUGGAGUAUGUCCCAGGGAUCAAAAUAAAUAGAAUACAAGCUUUAGAUCAGUUAGGUGUUGAUCGCAAAAGGUUGGGUCGAUAUGCUGUUGAAUCUUACUUGGAACAAAUUCUCUCUCAUGGUUUCUUUCAUGCUGACCCUCAUCCUGGAAAUAUUGCUGUUGAUGAUGUCAAUGGUGGAAGGUUGAUCUUCUAUGACUUUGGAAUGAUGGGGAGUAUCAGUUCAAACAUCCGUGAAGGUUUGCUGGAAGCAUUUUAUGGUGUUUAUGAGAAGGAUCCAGACAAGGUCCUUCAGGCAAUGAUUCAGAUGGGUGUACUUGUGCCCACUGGAGAUAUGACAGCUGUCAGACGAACAGCACAGUUCUUCCUUAACAGUUUCGAAGAGCGUCUUGCUGCCCAAAGAAAGGAGAGAGAAAUGGCAACAACAGAACUUGGGUUCAAAAAGCCAUUGAGUAAGGAAGAAAAGCUGGAGAAAAAGAAGCAACGCCUGGCUCUAGCUGAAACUAUUCAACGACUGGAGCAAGGUGAUCUGAAGCUUCGAGUUCGAACGUUGGAAUCAGAGAGGGCAUUUCAACGUGUUGCCGUCGUUCAAAAGACAGUAGGGAGUGCAGUAGCUGCUGGAAGCCUAAUAAAUCUUGCAACAAUUUUGUAUCUUAACUCUAUACAAGUGCCAGCUAUUGGAGCUUAUAUUGUCUGUGCAUUCUUCAGCUUCCAAGUUCUGAUUGGCAUUAUAAAAGUAAAAAAAAUAGAUCAACGAGAAAGAUUGAUUACAGGAACUGCUUAACCAUCUGUGGGAUCUGUCAGAUCUGGGACUGGAGUUGAGGUUCGGCUGACGAGGAUAAGAACAGACAAGUGAGAUAUCAUGUGGACUAAGAAACGAAGGAACGUGUUAUAAUUAAUUUAUGUUCCUUGAGCAUCAUGUGGAUCAAAAGUUGCAAGCUUUCUGAUCAAAGCGUCUGUAGGCAGAAAGCAAUGGGCUGUGCUUUGCUAAGUCCUCAUAAGAAUUUUGUCUUAUUGCAGAAUUAGCCAUUGUGUUGUGUAGAGUUGUGUAAGAUUAUUUUCUAACAAUAGUUCCCUCGUUCGCUGUUUGUUGUUGGAGGUUAUGUUCCCUCGUUCGCUGUUUGUUGUUGGAGGUUAUGUUCCCUCGUUCGCUGUUUGUUGUUGGAGGUUAUGUUCCCUCGUUCGUUAGGGUGGCCUAUCGUUAUAUAUAAGCUAGUCUUUAGUGUAAAGUUGUUUAAAUUAUUUUUUUAAAAUUUGUAAGUCAAUAUAUUCAUCCAGUAGUCACCCAUAGUAACCAAACGGGGUUGCCUUGCUUGCUUUCAGCCAAAAAGAAAAAGUUGGCAUAUUCACAACCUGUCAACUCUAUACACUAUUUGCACACUUGUAUACUUGAUUCAUUCUCAUUUGAUUCUUAAUUAAGUUCUCCACUUGAUUCUUA